AUGUCUUUAAGGCGUGGUAAAAAACGGAAGAAUUCCAUGCACAAUGUGACUGAUUCCCCAAUCAGAGUUCAUGAAUCUGCAAUUGACGACACAGUAUCAUCCGAUGUUCAUGAUCAUUCAAAUCUUCUAGGACCAAGUCCUAGCUUUUCCACCUAUCCUAAAGACAAUACAAUUGCCGUCAGAGAACCAGAGCCUUGUUCAGGACUGACCAUUGAUACCACAUUUCAUGACAAUAACAAAGAUUACCAUGUCAACCAACAUCCAUUGCCUAGAGCUUGCGAAAAAAUCAGUGAAAAGUUAGAUGGAAGUUAUUUGAGUAUGACACACAAGAAAAAACUUCAUGAGAAAACGAAACACCAACAAGUAGAUAUAAAUUUAACAUCGAGAAAAAAAGAUACAGAAGAAUUGCUCUAUAUUAACUCAAACAUACGUCAACAGAGAAAUGGCAAGAAAACGGUUAAAUUUGAAUUUCCAGAACAAAUUCAAGAUACAGCUGAUAUCGAGAAGAAACCACGAAAAGACAUUUUGGCAUCCCCAGUAUGUACAUUUGACGAAAAAGUGAAUGCUUAUAGCUGUGAAACGAUGUAUUCUAACAACCUUUUCAUAUCAGACAUUCAAACGGAUAGUAACGAGGAUACCGACGAAUACUUUAACAUCAAUUACAAAGGACAAAUAAUAAAUACCGAGUCUGUUCGAUCAUCGUGUUCAUCUAAAGCUAGCAUUGAUACGUUCGAUUAUAUCAAUUGCGAUGCCUUAAAAUAGGAUUCAAAGGUAAAAUCAUUGUAAAAAAUACACUUAACGUCAAUGAAUAUCUUGAUAUAUGAAUGGACUUCCUGUUUAAUCGUUGUUCUUAAAAUUACGUCCGAAAUAUUGACAUAAGCGAACUCGUUUAAACCUCCAUUAUUUAUUGUUAAUUCCUUACAAUGAUAUGUUCAUUUAAAUUUCCUAAGAUGCCUAACAAAAACCGAAAUGUA